UCUGUUUAACUUGACAUCGCUCUUUUAGUUUGGAAGAAAACUUCAGUUCACGGAGAAAUUCAAUGAGGAGGUGGACGCUAACCAUGGAGCUCCUGUAAAAAGUCCCGAAAGUGUUUGGAAAAAAGCCGCCGGAGACUGCAGGGUCCCUUCUUUUACAUUUCCUGGUCGAAAACUAUUCAUUGAGCACAAGAUGAUGUCCGACGCCAGUGAUAUGUUGGCAGCAGCCUUGGAGCAAAUGGAUGGGAUCAUAGCAGGGUCCAAGGCCAUGGACUACUCCAACGGGCUGUUUGCCUGCCAGUCGCCCACUUCACCUUUCUUGGGUGGCCUUCGGGUGCUGCACCUGCUGGAGGACCUACGGGGAGUGCUGGAGCUCAUGGACAACGAGGAGAGGGACAACCUGCGUUGUCAGAUUCCUGAUUCCACUGCAGAAGGGCUGGCCGAGUGGCUGCAGGGACGAUUGACUAACGGCCACGGCUCAGAAGCAGUCUACCAAGAACGUCUGUCACGACUGGAAAGUGACAAAGAGUGUCUCAUUCUUCAGGUAAGUGUUCUAACAGACCAGGUGGAGGUGCAAGGUGAAAAGAUUCGGGACCUAGACAACUGCCUGGAUCAUCAUCGGGAGAAACUAAAUGCUACUGAGGAGCUGCUGCAACAGGAGCUGUUGAACCGGACAACACUGGAGACCCAGAAGCUGGAGCUAAUGACCGAGGUGUCCAGUCUGAAGCUGAAGCUGGCGGCUCACAGGGACAAUGAGUCCAGCAUUGGUCUCCAUGUGUGGACUGAGCUUCCCAAAUGCUCUCCAGUGGGACAUCAGUCUGAAAGGCUGUGUACAAGAGUAACCGACCUGCGGUUCAGGGUGACUGACAUAGAGAAUGAAAGACUGCAGUGUGAGAAGAAACUAAAACUACCAAA